UCCCAGGCGGCGGUGCCUGGCUUUCCCACCGGGCUGCUCGGCGUGGAGGAGCGGGCUGCUCCAGAAAGGGGAGAUCGCGGCUGGAGGUGGCGCGAGGGCCGGAGGGCAGCGGGCAGCGGGCGAGGACGCCGGUGGUCGUCGGCCGCCGCGAUGUCAGCGCGGUGCUGCGCGGGCCAGCUGGCCUGCUGCUGUGGUUCCGCUGGCUGCUCCCUCUGCUGCGGCUGCUGCCCCAAGAUCCGACAGUCCCGGAGCACCCGCUUCAUGUACGCGCUCUACUUCAUCCUCGUCGUUCUUAUCUGCUGCGUCAUGAUGUCAAAGACCGUGGCUAAUGAGAUGAAAGAGCGUAUUCCUUUUUACGAGGAUAUUUGUAAAGGCAUUAAAGCUGGUGACACGUGUGAGAAGCUGGUGGGAUAUUCUGCUGUGUAUAGAGUCUGUUUCGGAAUGGCCUGUUUCUUCUUCAUCUUCUGCCUCCUGACAUUGAAUAUCAGCAGCAGCAAAGGUUGUAGAGCCCAUAUUCACAACGGCUUUUGGUUCUUUAAACUUCUGCUGCUGGGGGCCAUGUGCUCAGGAGCUUUCUUCAUUCCAGACCAGGAGACCUUUCUGAAUGCCUGGCGCUACGUGGGAGCCAUCGGAGGCUUCAUCUUUAUAGGCAUCCAGCUCAUCCUGCUCGUGGAGUUUGCACAUAAGUGGAACAAGAACUGGACUGCAGGCACGGCUAGCAACAAGCUGUGGUACGCGGCGCUGGCCCUGGUGACACUCAUCAUGUACUCCAUUGCCACCGGAGGCUUGAUUUUGAUGGCGGUGUUUUACACACAGAAGGAUGGCUGCCUGGAAAACAAAAUUCUCCUGGGGCUGAAUGGAGGCCUGUGUCUGCUCAUUUCAGUGGUAGCCAUCUCGCCCUGCGUCCAAAAUCGACAGCCACAUUCCGGGUUACUACAGUCAGGGCUCAUCAGCUGCUAUGUGACCUAUCUCACUUUCUCGGCUCUGUCCAGCAAGCCUGUAGAAGUAGCUCUGGAUGAGCAUGGGAAGAAUGUUACAAUCUGUGUGCCAGACUUUGGUCAGGACCUGUACAGAGAUGAAAACUUGGUUACUGGACUGGGUACCACUCUCUUGUUCGUGUGCAUCUUGUAUUCAUGCUUGACAUCGACGACAAGGUCAAGUUCUGAUGCUCUGCAAGGGCGAUACGCAGCUCCUGAACUGGAAGUAGCCCGGUGUUGUUUUUGCUUUGGCCCGGAUGGAGAGGACACUGAGGAGCAGCAGAAUGUGAAGGAAGGACCGCGGGUCAUUUAUGAUGAGAAGAGAGGCACCGUCUAUAGCUAUUCCUAUUUCCACUUUGUGUUCUUUUUGGCUUCCCUCUAUGUGAUGAUGACCGUCACCAGCUGGUUCAACUAUGAAAGUGCCAACAUUGAAACCUUCUUCAGUGGAAGCUGGUCCAUCUUCUGGGUCAAGAUGGCAUCCUGCUGGAUGUGUGUGCUGUUGUACCUGGGGACCCUGGUCGCUCCCCUCUGCUGUCCCUCUCGGCAGUUCUCCGUGUGACGGGGAUCCGAGCAGGCCUGCAGCCUGGAAGUGAUGUCCUUUGAGCAAGUGUCCCAGGGGUCCGAGCAGGGACUGGUGCUUUGUGAAAAGCUGUCAUCCUGUGGCUGGUUUGAGUGGGUCUGAAAAAGGCUUUCAGGGGGGGAAAAAUCACCUGAUUAGCCUUUGAAUUCGGAAAAUCAAAAAGAAAUAACCAUGUCAACCCAAAAGAAUUGAGAUUUUUCAACCAAGCAGAUCCUGAAUGAUGAUAUAGUUUGUGUUGUUGUAUCUUGGCCCUAAAAACUGGAAUAGAAAUUAGCUAGUAUUUUCCUCCUGUAUGUUUUCACCAAAACAGAGUUUGAGGAAUGACAGGGAUAAAUCUUACCUUGUCAUUCUUAUCCUUCAAAUAGAAAAACUUGCCAAAAUCUUGAGCCCUCAGCCCGGGGCGGAAUGCAGACCCCUCUUACACACCUCGGCCAGGAGCCUCAUCCCCAGCGGGCUCUGCAGAUGGCACUUGUCCUGCACUCCUUGCUCAUUUGGUAUAUUUAUAGGGUACAAGAGGAAGCACCUGCUUUUAACUCCACCCUUGUGCUGUUUCCUCCUGGCCCCCACAUAUUUCCCUUUGGAGCUGUGGUGCUGGGAAUCACAGCUUCACUCUUCUGUCCUGGCCCUUCCCAGAGGUUCCCCUCAUCCUUCCCAGGCUCGAACAUCUUUGCUAUAAUGUGAAAAAGCACAAUUUACCAUCACUACCAUGUGGUCCCCCAUUGUAUUAUUACUGCCCGAUCCGAGUUACUGCAAUAAUUGUGACUCCUUUUGUGGUGUUAUUCAUGUGAUUAUAGAACAGUAUUCAUGUUGUCUUUGCCUGAGCGACGGAGGGCUAUGGUUCUUCCUUGUUUGUGCUAUUAAUAUUAAUAACACUCUAGGACCUUACCCAAAAAGUCGCUUCUUCACGGAAGCCUGCUGCACCCUUCUUUUAGUUAUAAAAGUCAGCCGGCGUCUCUACCACCUUGAGGCCUUUGAAAUUGUAAAAGCAAAAGGGCUCUUGUUUCCUGGAUCUGGAGUGUGGCCACAGCGUUCAUAUCCACGGUGGUGUGCUGGAGUGGAUCAGCCGGGGGAGGAGCCCAGGCAGCACUUCACCCUGGGCUGACCAGAUAAGGCCUAUCGUACAAGUUGUAGAAGUGGCCAGAUAUACUUAGAAGAAACGGUGGGGGUGGGGGGGAGGGUAUUUAAUUAAGCCAUAAACAACAUCCAUGGAGAUUUCCAAAAGUAUGUACUUGUAAUAGGCAUAAGAGAUUUGUCUUGAGGCGGCUGCCCAAGAGAUGACUGUGUUCAGUGGUGACAUGUCCUCGGUCAGUGAAGAGUUUUCUCGGUGGAAAGUCUGUUAGAGACCCCAGUAGAGACCCACUGGGGAUGCUCCUUUGAGGGUCUUCUGCAGGGUAGAAAGGGUCCUCUGGAGCUCACCGGCACAGGGGUCUGUGUGUGCCCUACUGAGCUGGGCAGCACUGGCUUCCCAUGUGCCAAAAUGCUGGUGUAGGGAAUUAGUCAAAUUCUUCAUUUCUACUCCUUUGCCCCCCUCCCAGGAAUAUAAGCAGGGAAGUAAAUUCCGGGGACAUAUUCCUCUAGAAUCUUGCCUUAUUUAUAAUGUUUGAGCUUCUGUUUUUAUAGGCACUCGUGUAUGGGCGAGAGCUUUGUUUUGUAACCUUUAUUCAAUUUCUUUUUUGAGGCCAAGAAGCUCUGAGCUUGGUGGUUGAAAGGUCCUCUGGUGUCACACAAUGGAUAGCCACCACGUGCGGCCCCCAUUAAGCCAGUGGGACUGGGAACUCUUUGGUUCGGGGACAGAAGCUGCCUUAGUGGCUGUGCAGUGACGCAGGGCUCUGGGUAAGCUGGGAUGGGCUUCAGGAAAGACCAUGAGAAGAGUAGAUCGAGAGCUGGGCUGCUGGCUUCCUAGUGUUUUCUUCCUGCUAGGCUCUGGCUGGUCUGGGCAGCCAGCUCUGUGACUUUAGAAGUGGCCCCCAGGGCAGGUCACACAGGCCAGCUGACAAGGCUCCUGUUCCUUGGGUGGCCUCUGUUGGCGGGCUUCCCCUGCAGAAAGCAGCUCAGGGAAACGGAAAGGAAAGGACGUUCAUUGCCAGUGACAGGGCCCUCGGAGCUUCCUUCGGCUGGCCCAGCCGGCAGCUUAAAAUUUGGUUUGUGUCCCAAAGUUCUUCUUGAAGUUUAGUCUGACUCAAGAGGAAGAGUUGUGGUUACUCUGAUUUUUAUUCUCAACUGAGAAUUUAAGAAAAUUUAUCUGAAUGACGAGGGAGAGGUGGAUAUACUCUAACAGCUGAGGGCAUAGAAAUAAGUUGACUCUAAUGAUUAUUAAUUGUAAUGAACAAUUCUCAGGUGAUGAGUCCAUGUUUGUGGGUUUAAAGAACCUACAUUUUUGUGCUAUUGUGAUUUAAGAAACUGGAAAAAUUGUGCCAAUUGCUUUGAGUUGCUGUAAUGAUGGUGUUCAUUUGAUAAAUUCACUGAUCUCUUUUUAAAAUAAUUUUGCUUCCUACAACUUUUUGUACAUGAUUUUGAAAAAGUACAUUCCCAGUAGCUGCUGGUCAGACUCCUUUAGCAACGCAAGUGCAAGAAGUUUUUAAAGAACUCUAUGUGUAUGUUUCUUCUGUGCUAUUCCUUCAGUGUGGAAAUGUGUUCCCUUCUUGUUUUCAUGAAUAAAAACACUAAGUGGGGGAAGGGAUUCUUCUGGGAAUGUUGCUGUAGACCUAGAUGUGUCAUCUGACUAGAGAUUUGUCUGUCAAAAACUUUCAGAAACCCGAAUUUGUCCUUACUGGGUUGAGUUUUUGUGAUACUGGUUGGUUGGGUUUGCUUUUGUCCUCUUGGCUUCUUGGGAAAUGGCUUGAAAGAAUUGUUCCCCAGAGGUGUUGGGGGUUCUUUCGUGGAGUAGAUGGACUGUGUGCAUGUGGGCUGUUGGAAGGUGGGGUUACUAGAGAUUUGGGGUUCUUGUGCCUAUCAGGAAUAGCCAAUGGUUGGGUCCCCACACCUCAUUUUCUAUUUCCAGUUCCUCAGAGGAUCCUUCAUUCCGGAUGACCUUUGUGUAGUGCUAAUCCGCACCCCCGCCCCGUAUCAUCCCCCUCUGCCUAUUUAAGAUUGUAUACUUAUUUAAUUUUAGCCAGAAGUUUAUCAUCAUUGGUGCUUCAUGUUACCCUGCAAAGGGAAUUCCAGAGCCUGUGUUUAAGUCGCCUUGGCUUUAUUCUCCUUUGACUGCCUUUCUAAGUAGCAUUUCAUUUUGGUGUACAUUUGUGUUCUAUUCCUCUUGGAAAUGAGAGCAGUUUUAACCUGUAACCAAGAAGGAUGUGACCUUGGGCUAAGACCCUCCCUGUCUGGAGAGAUCCCUGGGUCCUCCUUAAUCAGGGACAGUGCAGUAGUCACUCAGCUCGUGGAAUUCUUUGUAGGAUACUCUCCUAAUCGAAGUAAUAACUCCCUCUGCUUUGUUCUUAAGGCCACCGUGUUUCCCACCAUCUUUAAGAUGCGUGUAAAGCCUUACACACUCAGCCAGUGCUGCAUUUCCGGCCGAGCUGGGCUCUCUCAUGCUGGACCUGCCUUCCAGAGCUAGAGAGCCACUUAUACACAUCCUUCAAACUAAUGCUGGUCACUCUAAGGAUCUUUAUCUUUUUAAGAUUUUCUUCCUCAGUAAAUCACUUACAGAGGCAUUCAUUUUGAAAGGGGGGAAAUAUUUGGCUUUUACCAGAGAAGGUAUUUUGUUUCUGUUUAAGCAAAAUGCCCUCGGAAGAACUUAAUUGGGUAAGGUAGAUAAAAAAUGUGUAUGUCCAUAUCCACUUCUGUAGGAGUUUAAUCAUAGUUAUGUGAGUAAAAUGAUGAACAACUCUUUAAGGUAAUCCUCUGGGUGAAGGAUCCUGGGAAAUUCUCUCAGGUAAAGAAAGUUUGCAACAGAUGUAUAAUAUAUGUCUUGAGAGUUAUUUAUGAGAAAUUUAAGAGGAUUGUUUUGCUUUUCUAUAUUAAAGAUUUAAGGUUUUUUGUUUUUUUUACUUUGCAAAAAAACACAAAUUCUACAAAAGUUUUAUAAUUGUAACAUUGUUAAUUCUUAGAACUUUUUCGAAACAAUUACCUGUAGCCAAAUUAUGUGGUUAUGUUUUGCUCUGCUAGGAUUUGAAAUGUAAUAUGUGUGGUAAAUUUACUGUUUGAAAUUUAUAAUAGUCUUGGAUAUGGUUAGAGUUUUGGUAACUUUUUAAAAAAUUGUUCCUUCUUCUAGUCACAAAGGCAACUGUGGGUUUAUAUUUGUUUUUUGAAUGCUAAUUUUUCUAUGAAGCGUCUGAAGUUGACCAGUCUUUUCCUAUGUAGAAAACUCAAACUUGUUAACUCUGUACUUUAAUAAAAUUUAAAAUGGAAAACUUC